AUGUCGGUCGCAAGCAAGAACCUGUUCGAGCUCCUCGGCAACGACGCGGAGGAUGACACCCCUCAGGCACCCGUGAAGACGGUCGAGAAGACCACCAUGCGCUCUACCAAGCGUAACGCCGAGCCCGAGGCCCCCUCGCGCGCCGCCGCUAACACCGGUGCUCGCCGCAACAACGCCUCUGGCAACGAGGCCGCUUUCCGUGACCGCGGUGCUGGCAGCGACCGCAACCGUGGCAAGACCACCGAGGAGCCUGCUAGAGGCGGCCCCCGUGGUGGCUAUGGUGCCCGUGUCCGUGGAGGUUUGUACCUACCCGUCGCCGCCUUACCCCAGGAAUUCAUGCAAGGUGGAUCAAAUGAUUUCGUGUAUUAA